ACAGAUCACAUGAAAAACCGUUCGAGUUUAUUAAAAGUAAUAAAGAAAAGAAAAACACCAUAUGCCGAACGUGUAUGAUCCAUAGAAAUGAAAAUAGUAAAUUGAUCAUAGUAAUUGUUUCACCGUAGUUCUCAUUGUCCGGAAAGAGGUAUUCAGUAAUUCAAUAAUUAGCUGAAGCCACGAUCACAUAGAAUCUUUAAUUGCGUUGCGCAUUGCGAAAACGAUACCCACAAAAUAAGUAUAUGCCGUAAAAAUCCGUAAAAAAAAAAAUAUUUUAAUUUCAUUUUUACGCCCUAUAACUUACAGUCCGUUAUAAUUUGCAUAUUUUAAAAAAUUGUACAAAAACUAAUUUCUCAUUCCACAGCUGCAAAAUGGGGAUAUUUACAAUACCCAAUUGCGGCAAUUGCACAUAUGAUUUUACCAGUCAAUUUUUCUCCAAUCGGCAUUUUGAAAUAGUAACGAUAAGUUGUAGAUUCACUAUAGUAUACGCACAUAACGUUCGGUUUGGUUUAAAUACCACAUAAUGCAUUUCUUUUUUCUCCGCUCGUAUGGAAUAUCGCAAAUACAUGUUUUUUUUUUUGCUUCUAAUUAUUUAAAAAAAAAUUCUGCAUUUUUCUUUUCUUUGUUUCAUUAUUCAAUUGAAACUCCUUAUCGUUCUUAUGCCGUUCUUUAUUAUUAUUCUUUCGUACUGAUCUGUCCUUUAUGUACUACCGAUGUACAUUUAAUUAUAUUGUAUUAUUAUUUUUAUUAUUAUUAUUCUUAGUGAUAUUAUUUAACCGUUUGUCUUCUCUGUGUGAAUUUAUAUCAUGAUUUAUUGAUAUUUAAUUGCAAAGCAGCAUUUUGUAGAAAAAUCAUAAAAGAAACAGCAAUACGAAUAAAUGAAUGAAAGAAAUAAUAAAAAAGUAUUGUGAAUUUUGAUUAUUUUGCACUGGCUUUGUUCCGACGAUUUGUCAGAUAUGUAUCACUGCCCUACCUGGUAAAACUAUACGUAUAUGCCUCUAUGUAGGUACAUGAUUCGAUUCGUAUCGAUAUUAAAUCUAUUCAAAACGAUUUCUUUUCAAUCGCGUUUGCAGAUAUGGAAAAAUCAAUCGCUCGUCGUAUGCAGAAAAUUUUUGUAAGAGUUUAAAGAAUUUUUCAUCCCUCAAAUGCACACGGGUUCAAUCUGAUAUCAAAAUUUCAAUUCAAUUAAAUGAAUUUUUUUUAUCACCGCAUACUUUGAAUAGGUUUGCCAAAAAUUUAGUAUUUUUUUUAUUUAUUUUACUGUCUGCGAAAAGUGUUUGCUAUUUGUUCAUUUAUUUUUCUAAUUAAGAAUCAACGAACGAACUACUGGUAGAAUUAUUAACUCUACCUCUACCCCCUUUAUCAACGUAUGCGCGCUGCUGUUCAUCGUAUCUCCCGAUAGAUCAAUGCUAAAUUAUUAAACUCGCGUGCAGCGUUUUAUGAACGAGGGGAAAACCACGAGAGGUGCAACACUUCGCUUCGUGUAUGAAGAGAAUGCGAAUGUUGGUCAAUUGAGCAGUUAUUAUUGUGAAUUCAAAGCUGACCUUAGCCUACCUGUUUGCGGUUGGUUUUUUCACCCUAUACGUCACACCCAGUAAUUGGAUAUUUUGUUAAGAAAUUCACGUCCAGUAUCGUUCACCGGGACGCAAUGUGUCACCAUAGUCGAUAGUGCAGUGGUAUAACAAAGGUCUCAGAACCUGCAGGACGCUCUGCGCGGAGACAUAAAGGGUAAAAUGGUCGGGAAAAUGUUUGCGUUUUUGAUGACAAUUGGUACUUUACUGGACGCGACGAUUCUGAUUUCGGGGCAUUUUCUACAUCCGUACAAGAACAUCGUAUCGCCUGGAGAUGUGUCGAUAGCUACCCCCUCGUCGUCGGGUUCGAUGCCUCUGUUUUUACUUCACAUUUUGAAACAAAAACUGAGUUACCCGAAAAUUAUAAGAGUUGUCACGACUACCUCUGCAUCCGCCACCUGCAUAUGCGUUCCUUAUUACCUGUGUGACUCCAACAACAACAUAAUCACCGAUGGAAUGGGAGUGAUUGACAUCAGAAUUCGACAAUGCUCGGGGGAUUUGGAAGUCUGCUGUUAUUUGCCUAAUACCAACGGAUCUACACCCCAACCUAUUCCUACUGUUCCACCAACUAUUGCUCCUACAAUACCACCAACUAUGGCGCCAACAAUCCCUCCAACAAUGGCACCAACGAUGGCUCCGACGAUGGCACCAACGAUGGCCCCGACAAUGGCUCCAACAGUGGCACCAACAAUGGCUCCGACAAUGGCACCGACGAUGGCCCCGACAAUGGCUCCAACAGUGGCACCAACAAUGGCUCCGACAAUGGCACCGACUAUGGCCCCGACAAUGGCUCCAACAGUGGCACCAACAAUGGCACCAACGAUGGCACCGACAAUGGCUCCGACAGUGGCUCCGACGAUGGCACCAACGAUGGCACCAACAAUGGCACCGACAAUGGCUCCGACAGUGGCACCAACAAUGGCACCAACGAUGGCACCGACAAUGGCUCCGACAGUGGCUCCGACGAUGGCACCAACGAUGGCACCAACAAUGGCUCCGACAGUGGCACCAACGAUGGCACCAACAAUGGCUCCGACAGUGGCUCCGACGAUGGCACCAACGAUGGCGCCAACAAUGGCACCAGUAACGGUAUUCCCGACAUCACAGCCAAAUAUUAACUGCGUAUGCGUGGAAUCGUAUCAAUGCGAUGCCACAGGCGUGAUAAUCGUAUCCGGAGCAGGUGUGAUCGACCCCCGACAGCAACAAGGUUUUUGUCCGAUCGCUACACAGGUGUGUUGUCGUAUCCCAACAAAUACCGUAGUAUUUCCAACAGCUAUGCCAAUGGUCACUUCGAUGUCUCCCGUAAACCCCGGUGAAAUUUGCGUCUGCGUUAGACCCUGGCAAUGCGAUUCAGCCGGUUUUGUCAUCGUCUCAGGCGCCGGUAGCAUUGACCCUCGAUUCCCAAUCGGACGUCAAGGUCAGUUAGGUGGUAGCUGUGGCAUAGCAGAUGAAAUAUGCUGCAGGAUUCCACCCAAUGGGCAGGACUCCGCUGUCGGUGUCCCUACCAGUACCGGAGCUACCGCAACCCUCGGACCCCUCAGGAAUCCUGGAACAGACCGAGCUUGUAUCUGUGUACCGACUCUACAAUGCGCCGCAGGAUUUGUCGUCACUCAGGACGGUGCUGGGAUCAUCGACCCCAGAUUCGGGAUCUGUCCAAUGGCUCAAGACAUCUGCUGCCAGCCGCAAGGAAUCAUCGUAUCUACGGGUUCGAGCGGAAGGCAGACUCUGAUCGUUUCCAGUGGGACACCCGCGACUACCUUCGAUGCCUGUGGGAUUAAAGGUGCAAAUUCCACCUCCUCAGGUCAAUCGAUGCCCACUGGAUCCGGUGGCACCGCCUUUGCGGAGUUUCCAUGGAUGGUAGCACUUUUGGUGCGUCAGACCAGCGCCCCUUUGCUCUUCCAGUGCGGCGGGUCUCUCGUGUCGACGAAAGCGGUGCUCACUGCAGUACAUUGUGUAACUGGGCAAGAAACGGGCAGACUGGUGGUACGCGUCGGCGAGUGGGACACAAGAACUACUAACGAGCCGUUAUCCUAUCAGGAAACCGGGGUUCAAAUGGUCAUAAAACAUCCGCAGUUUUACAGCGGUGGUCUUUACCACGACGUAGCAGUCCUGAUACUCGCGUCCGAAGUUAAUUAUCAAUUGAACGUACGCCCGAUCUGUUUACCUCAACAAGGCAUGGUCCUCACCCCGGGAAUCAGAUGCUUCGCUACGGGAUGGGGACGUAAUUCUUUCGGAGUGGAGGGGCAGUAUCAAGCCGUUCUGCGACAAGUCGAUCUGCCGAUAAUCGAAAGGGGCGAAUGUCAAACGCGUUUAAGGUCAACGCGACUCGGUGCGUAUUUCCAAUUGCACGGUAGCUUCAUGUGCGCCGGCGGUGAACCCAGCAAAGACACUUGUACGGGCGACGGAGGAGGUCCUCUGGUCUGUCCCACUUCGUCGGGUAGAUACGUUCAGGUUGGAAUCGUGUCCUGGGGAAUCGGAUGCGGUGCAUCUAGCACUCCGGCGGUAUACGCGAGCGUUCCUCAGCACAGACAAUGGAUCGAUCAACAGUUGGCUAAUUACGGAGUCCUUUAAAUCGUGAUAAUUAUUUUUAUUGAUUACGUUAUCAUCGUCCGGGUGAUAUAACUCACUCGGUGUUUUGGUCUAGUCGUGUGUCGUUUGAACUAUUUAUUCUGGAUAAUACUAUACAUAUAUAUUGGGUGCAUUUCUCCUGGACGCGAUGGGGUCACUCCGAUCCCUGGUAUAAUUAAUUGAGGAAGUGCAGCUGUGUUCCUAGAUUCAUGAUCAACAUUAUCCUGCACUAUUACAGCGGCGGGAUUUUACGUCCGUCUGAUAACGUCAGCACAUAUAUUCUCUGGAAUAAUCGAAAUAGAUUUAUUUUACCGGUAA